CCCAUCCCCCCAACACACACACACACACAAACCCCAACUCAUUCUUGAUAGUAAUAGUGUUAUAUAUACUAGUGUGUGUAUUUGUGUGUGAGUGUGUGUUUUUCUUUCAAAGUUGAGGUAAUGUCAAAUAGGAGAGCAAGAGUUUCAAGAAUUACAGAAGAUGAGAUCAAUGAUCUCAUCUUGAAGCUGCAAGCCUUGUUGCCUGAUUCUAGUUCAAGGUCUCAUAAUUCAAUGGUAUCUGCAUCAAAGAUUGUGAAGGAGACAUGCAAUUACCUCAAAAAACUGCACAAAGAGGUGGAUGAUCUGAGUGAGAGACUAUCUCAACUUCUGGCUUCAGGAGCCAUCACUAGUACUAAUGCAGAUGCUAUUAGUUCACUUUUACGACAAUAAAUCAACGUACGCGAAUUCAAUUGCAGUAGCAUAUUAUUGAGCCGACCUGAUGAUUAUAUAUAUAGGGAUCAGGACGUUCCUCGCCCAUUUGUUACUUUUGUUGGAAUGUGGUGACAGGCUCAACUUCCAAAAACCAAUUAUAGCUCGACGCAGAUAUUAUACAUGUGAUCAUCAUUAUGUUCGUAGCGUUCCCUCCAUCUUUUUUACUAAUAAAAACAAGAAAUGGGGUAAAGGGAUUAGGGUUAAUUAGCAAGAUGUUCACUUGACAGAUUUUGUGUGCUGCAAGUUAGGUGGAAUUAAUUCUUGUAUUUUUCAUGUAGUUGUUGAUAUAUAUAAGUUUGUAUUUUGUUCAUUUGCUUUUAUUUCAUGGAUAUUGUUGU